CCUAUAUAAACGCCUUCACCCACCUUCCCUUACCUCAUCUCACCAUACCCAAUUUAACAUUCUCUUCUUCAUUCCCAUUUCCCCACCCCUAAAAAUGUCUUCUUCCUCGUUCCCAUUCCUCCUUUUCUCAUUAUUUCUCUUCGUCAUUCACCCAACAUUCUUUCAAUCAACCAUUCCAUCCUGCAAAUCUCUCAAAUUCUCCAACCGAACAUUCGCUAAUUGUAAUGAUCUUCCUACCCUUAAUGCCGUCCUUCAUUGGACAUACAACCCAUCAAACUCUUCCCUUUCCAUGGCCUUCACUGCUAAACCUUCUCAACCCAAUGGUUGGGUUGCUUGGGGUUUAAACCCAAAUGGUAAAGGUAUGGCCGGAGCCCAAGCCCUUUUAGCCCUAAAAACCGACCCGUCUAGUCCCAUUACUGUUAGCACAUACGAUAUCAAAUCUUAUGGGGAAAUCAAUAAGGGUCCAAUUUCUUUCAAGGUUGGUUCUCUUCUUGCGGAGGAAACCGGGUCUGCGUAUACUAUUUUUGGUACGUGGGAAUUACCAACGGGUCAGGCAAAGUUUAACCAGAUUUGGCAAGUGGGUCCGGUUACUAAUGGUAAGAUUAGUAAACAUGAAUUUGCCCCUCCUAAUUUGGGUGCCAAACAGGUGCUUAGUUUGUCCGGCAGUACUGGACCCGCUGCUUCGCCGUCGGGUACACCGUCGGAUCCUACCGUUUCUCCUUUGAGUUCUGCUCCUUCCGGUGCAAAGAUUGUGGGCUCAGCUCCAGCGCCGGGGAGUGGUGAAAAUGCAGGGGAGAGAUUAGUUUCUAGUGCUUUGGCGUUGGGAGCUCUUGCAGUUUCUUUCUUGUUUUAAUUUUCGGUUGUUUUAAAUUUGCUACCUUAUGUUUAAAAGAUCAAAUAUUGUUAAAAUUUGUGCAAAUUUAAAGGAACGGAUAAAUAUUUAAUUUUACUUAUCUAACAUUAAUUCCUAAAAAAAAAUAAUGGUGUUAAGUUUGUAAUUUUCAUGUUGUUAUUAAAUUUGGGCUAUACAUAAAAAAAAUGGGGUUAUAUACAUUAGAAUUUUUGGGGUUUAAGAGGAUUGGUGAUAUUUUUCUCCUCCUCUCUUUUUUAGGCAUGGAAUUAUCAUUUUGUUUAAAUUGUAUUGCUUUAAUAAAAAUAUCAAUGAUAUACUCUCUUUGUCACUUUA